AUGGGCCCCGGGGACUUCCGCCGCUUCAGAGAGAGAAUUUCCCAGGGUCUCCAGGGACUCCCAGGUAGAGCAGAGCUUUGGUUCCCACCUCGUCCCGCGUGCGGCUCCCCCGGGGACGGCAGGAGCACGGACGUCCAGGAGGAGGCCCUCGCCGCCAACCCGCUGCUGGAGGACCUCAGACGACGGCUGACUCGCGCCUUCCAGUGGGCGGUGCAGCGCGGGACCUCCAGGCGCGAGCGGGAGGCGGCGGCAGCGGCGGCGGCACGGGAGGAGCAGAGCUGGGCGCGCGUCGAGGCCACCCUGGCCGGGCUGCGGGCGGAGCUGGUGGAAAUGCAUUUCCAAAACCACCAGCUGGCUAGAACUUUACUGGACCUAAACAUGAAAGUGCAGCAACUGAAAAAGGAGUAUGAACUGGAAAUUACAUCAGACUCUCAAAGCCCAAAAGAUGAUGCUGCGAAUCUGGAAUAA